UGUCCGACGGGAAAGGUCAAUGACCUUGACCUUGUUAGGGAUCAAGGUCAAUGUCAAGGUCAGUCGGAGGUCAUUUGGUGCGGGCUGUGUAAAGGUAAAUAUUUACCGUUCUCUCUCCCAACUGUCCUGCCUGUGAUACACCCGAAUCUCUUAAUCAUAAUUUUUGGCAAUGUUGCCGAUUCGAGGUGCAACGAAUACCUUUUUCUAGAUGUAUUGUUAUGAAAUGGGGCUGUUUACCUACCCCAAUUGAAUGUAUUUUAUCUAUUUUGGACGACGAUUGUAUCAGAGUGUUGCGAAUAUUUUUACAAGAUGUAACCAUUUGCAUAUAAUUCUACCAUGACUAGUAGGACUGUCUGGACGCAAUUAGUUCAUUUGUUCGAAAGCUUUGCAAUGAAACACACCACGAAAUUCGAUAAGUUCCAAUCUCAAGCACGUAGAGUGUUACGUCCAAACCACGUAUCUCUCACGUAUGAACGCGAGUCGAGCCGACCGAGUUAUCGGGAAGGUCAGCGGCCGAAGGCCACUUUUACGCUUCUUCCGAAUAGAAGUUUUGCUCGUUAGCCCUUUUUAUGUAAGGGAAUCGAAUCCCUAUUACAUGGGACAGGGCCUCGUACGAUAAAGUGAGGAAGGGAAGGAGUAAAUAAAUUAAGCGUGAAUUAACAUGAAAAAAUAAAAACAAUGAUUUAUUCUAUACAAUCAAAUGUAGUAAUUAAUAAUUUGGUAAUCGGAAAUUUAACUUUAAACUCUCAAAAUUUAUACAUAAUUGAAACAAAUGAUAAUACAAAUGCGACUAUGAAAUUGAUGUUUAAAUUAAUAAUCGGUUAACUGGAACUCUUCGGGGUCCCCAGUGGUAGCCGAAGGUGGAGGGGUCAUAGGUGGUGGGUCCGAAAGGAAAGGUGGCAAAUGUGAGAAUAAGGGAUAAUCAGCUGGGGAAAUGUUAUUGCUAGGUCAGCAAAAGUUUCUAUGUCCUCCAACGGGAUAGGAGAAAGAGACCGUGAAAUGUUACGCACGGAGGAAUGUUGAGCUAGUUGAUCUGAUGGGAUAGGCGAAUAUGAUGGAGAUGAAGGGGGAGGGAAAAUCUCUGUAUCGGUCAAAAAUGCUUCUAUUUCUUGCAGAAAAUCCUUAACUUUUUCAUCAAUGGUCACCUCUGGUUUUAGUUGAGAGGGUGAUAGGCGAUGCAACGGAAUGUUAGUUUCGCAGAGUGGCACUAGAUGAGUCAAAGAGUGACAAUGUGUAAUUAAAAGGGAAAAAGACAAAGGAAGAGGCAAAAAUAAAAGACAAUGACAACCAGUCGCAAAAAGAAAAGAAACCAACAAUAUAAUCAAUAAAAACUUACUGCUGAAUAGUUCGAUGAUAGGAAAAGAAUAUGCAGUGCUCAGAAGUUGCUCCAAUUCAGGGUGGAACAAGAGUGGUUGUAGGUUGGAUCGCACUGACUAUAAUUGCUCACUUAUAGUGGAAAUGCUGAUUUAUGAUGCACGAAAUUUCAACUUGCGACUAGUACGUUCGGACGAUUAGACUGAAGACUAUGGAAUGCCCCAGGGCGGUUUCUCUGCCCUUUUUAUAAGAUGUGGAAAAUUCGUGUAGGAGGGGAUUCUUCUAGAACAUUCGAUGAGGAAAAACGCCCAAACUUAGAUAACGGGAGACACGUAUAACUGAAAUCGAAGGACCACCUUUGGACCUUGAUAAGUGGCCGAGAGCGUGAUCAUGGUCAUGGUGACGAAAUGCACGUGUUCACAACCAAGGUGACCCAACAGUCGUGGUGAUAAGGUAGAUGAUGCGUUCAGAGUUGCUGCAAGAAAUGUUUGUUUAAUGAUCACGCGACGGGCACAUCUAUUGCGUGCCUUACGGUCCCCGUGAGGUUCCCGUUUGAUAUCGUGUGUUAAAAAAGAAUAAAAUUUAAUUGAACUUGUGCAACAACCGUGAGUGUCUUGGCUCAAUAAUGCAUGAAUGAUAAAUAGCACGCGGUAAUUGCUAAACGAAUGUAAUUCUAUUAUCUAUUUCUUACGAAAGCAAGGGACCGUGGAGUCUGGACGUAACAAGAGUAUCUAGUCCAGACAUUCUUAUGUGUGGUGGAAUAACAAAGGGUGGAAACGAGUUAUAAAUCUCUAUGGGAUCUUUCGUUAUAAAAUAUAGAGCGCAAAUAGUGAGGGAAGCUGGAUGGCAUUCCACGAAGUGGCUUAUUCGUCUUUGAUGGAGAACGCUUUUCGAGGCACUUCGUGGUGUGCCGUCCUGUUCCUUCCGCGGAUGGAUAUGCGUUACGGUAACUAAUUUUGAUCUAUGCUUUCAUAUUCAUAUGUACAGUUUUUGAUUUCACUAUGUAAGACCUUAUGAUUCAAAACCUUGCGAUAGCUGUGCGAUGCGAUGAGCUGAUUUCUCUGUGAUAAUCUUAUAUAGGCCGUAUUUGAUUCAUUUUAUAGCGUUUAAAACAAAGCCUCAUUUACUUUAUAGUUUUUAGUUAUACGAUUAAAUAUUCAGUUUUGAACUUAGGUAAUUUAAAUGCAAAUUCGAUUUAAAAUCUAGGCAUUAGAAAACUUUGUUUCUAUUAUAAUUAGUCUAAGACAUAUGUAAGUUUGUACCUGUCACACUUUAGUCUUAUGACGUAACCUGUACAUACGAUCGGUAUAGUCCACAGACUUCUAUAUAUAUACUAGACCGCUAGCUCAAGGCUGUUUCAUGUAAAAAGAUGUCCCGUAUCUGAAAUGAAAAUGUAGCGCAUGCGCACUGCAAGGUACCGGAAAUACAACGUAAGCAUUCAACGCUGUGAAUCGCACGUGUGAGCCACAAUUAGAAGAAAGCAAGAAAAUAUGUAUGUAAAAAAUCUAAAAAAAUGCCGUUACGUUGUGCAGUGUCCAAGUGUCAAAGGAAAAGAUCGCAACAUACAUUUUUAUAAGUAUGAAAAUGCUAUAUCGUAGAUAGAAUAGACUUUUUAAGGUUAAGUAUUGUCAUUAAUGUAUAUGAUUUGUAUAAUACAUUGCUAUAGAUUUCCAUUAAAAGUGGAACCAAUAUUAAAAAUAUGGUUGGAAAGAACGGGCCGAAGAAAUUGGGUGGUCACAGAACAUAGUAGAAUAUGUGAUGCACAUUUUAAAUCAACAGACUUCUUACAUUCAAGAAAACGAAAACUAUUGAAAGCUGACGCAGUUCCAUCCGAAAAUUUAGCAUUGUGUGAUACUGAUGUUACAGAAGACAGUAAUACACAUUAUGUACAAGGUACAAUUUUAUUUUUAUCCUUUAACAUACUUUUAUAUUAUAAUACAUAUGAAGCUAAUUUUUGGUUGAACGGUUAUGUCAAUAAGCAAAAUUAUCGGUUUUGGAGAAAAGAAAAUCCAAAUGUGUCGAUUGCCGUUCCUCUUCACCCCCAAAAAGUCUCCGCGUGGGCUGCGAUUUCUGUGAAAGGAGUAUACCUGCAAUUUUUUGAAGGAACUGUUACCGGUGAAAGUUAUAAAGAGUUGGAGAAUAAAUUUUUUCCUUAUGCAAAGAAACGAGGAUUAGAAUAACAAAAUUUAAAACAGAAACAUUAAAAAAUUAAAACAGAAAAU